AUGGAGGAAAGCCAUUUGAUCGGCGACGAUUUGCCGCUUCCACCCGCUCGACUUUUCGAACGCCUCGGCCAUCUGCCCGGAUAUACCUGGGAUCAGUCCGUUGAGCCAUUUCACUCGACCUACAGUCACUGGCAUAUAUAUGGGUUUCGUCAUGCGAUCGAAUCCGACAUCUCGACCCCCGUCGCAACCUCCUCCAACCCGAUUUCCUCAGGGCCAUCCAGCCUUACUCGCUAUUCACCACGAACCGAGCUUCGUCCAUCCUCGCGCAUACCCCGAAGAGCUAGCGUCAGCGAAACUAGCAGUGAACUUUCGCUCUCUCGAGGUGAACAGGAACAGAUAUGGGUCCCCGUCAUCGCACGUGUCUCUACGAAUGUCAUUAGGCUGGAGCGGGAGUUUCACAUGAUUAGGUCCAUUGUGCAAUCUUCCGACCCAGAUUGUAACCAUACCAUAAGGCCCAUUGACUUGAUACGACUGCCUCCCGAUCCAGGUGACGUGGGUACACUUUUAGUCGCGAUAUUCGAGUCUCCUGGUCACGACAGGUUACGAGACCUGGUCACUUUUGGUCCUGCCUCGUUUGUCGCCGGCGCCAAGGGCGAUAACAAUGUCACUCCUAGCGAACAAAUACCCCUACCUGCCUUCUUGGAUUUCGCGAUAGGUGCUUGUGACUGCUUGGAAAUUCUGCACUAUGGGGUAAAAACGGUACAUGGGGAGAUUCGGGGAGACGCGUUCCAUUUCAGCGCCGAGACUGGGGCUGUCAAACUCGCCAAUGUUGGCAAUGGCGCGCGAUCCUUUGACAACGUCCUCAGUGAGGGCUGGUCCUCUGUAUCUCGCGAACUCGGCGCCAAGUACAAGCUUCAGUUCAUCGCCCCAGAACAGACCGGCAGAAUGCCCACAGAACCGGACAGUCGCACCGAUAUCUACGCACUCGGGCUUCUGUUUUGGUCAAUGUUGGUCGGGAAGUUGCCCUUUGCAGGCGCCGACCCCGUCGAAGUUGUUCAGAAUGUGUUGGGCAAGAGGUUGACUCCUGUCUCGGCGAAGCGACUAGAUGUUCCCGAUGGUCUCUCCGCCGUGGUCCAGAAAAUGACGCAGAAGGGGGUUCAUGAGCGAUACCACACGAUCUCUUCGGUCAAGAGAGACUUGAUGCAGAUAGCGCAAUUGUUGGGUGACGGUGAAAGCGAAGCCUUGAAUAAUUUCCAAGUCGCGCAAGGCGACGUGUCAUCCUUUUUCACUCUACCAUCUCAAAUGUUUGGGCGCCAGAAAGAGUAUGACACAAUCUUGAACGUGAUCCAAAAAGUGAAUAAGCGCCAAGCAUCCGCCUUUGCCAAAGCAUUCACCCAAAGCCCUGGAACUGCGCAUGCUCUCGCCUCCAACUCUUCGAUCUCGGAAGGCCGCGUGGAUAGCUUUGAGCUCGCAUCCGUCUCCAGCGACUCUGGAUCUUUCCAUUUGCCCCCAAGGACAAAUUCUAAUGCUACCAGUCAUCAGCUGUCUCAAGUCAGCACUCAUGAUUCUGGAGCAAACAGUGACGUGACGUUCCAAACCUCGAAGCAGGUACAAACGCCAACUAGCCAGGACAUGUCAUCUCAGACAUCAGCCCCAGCAUUUUCAAGCAGAAUGAAAAGCCCCUCCCAUUCCCGGUCCUCCUACAACACGGAUCGAGAGAGAGACGCAUCCACUGGCACGAAUACCAACAGCCAGCCAUCUACUCAUACUUUCAGCCAGUCUGAGUCCAUGGGUUCACUUUCAAAAUCAAAGGCUGGCGCAAAGUAUCGUCGAAGCGGGCGAUGUGAAGUCAUUACGAUAAGUGGGUCUGCAGGAAUUGGCAAAACAGAUCUUUUGAAUCGAGUACAACCAGUAAUCCGCAAGUCUGGCUAUAUUGCCAUUACGCGCCUGGAUCGAGCCAAGCGAGUACCUUUUGAACCGUUUGCCAAGAUCCUCGCCAGUCUCCUACGCCAAAUCUUCUCCGAGCGUGACGUGACCACAAGUUACCAUGACAGCGUCCGCAUGGCCUUGCGACCGCUGUGGCCGACUCUUCACAAAGUUCUCGACCUUCCAGAGCAGUUAAUGUCUCCUGGGUCAAAGUACAGCUCAAGUUCACCGAAACCCUCGAUUGCUCAAACCAUUGCCAAGUCUGAUCGUGCUAGGGGUGAGCGGGCUAAACGUAUCCAAAUCCCUGGCAUUAACAAUGGCCAAACGUCCGUUGAAUUCUUCUUGUCAAAUGCUGCCUCGAACAAUAUGCGGCUGAUGGACAUAUUUCUCGAAAUUCUGAGAACACUCUGCCAGUUCAAAUUGAUGGUAGUUUGCUUGGAUGAUCUUGAAUAUGCAGACGAUGAGACCUUGGAACUAGUCUUGAACAUCAUCCGCGCGAAGCUGCCCUGCGUGCUUAUUCUCACGAGUCGCAAGGAUGAGAUUGCACCAGACAAUGUCAGAUCGCUCUUUGAAGCCGAGAAUUCGAACAUCACGCAGCUCGAACUUAAGCCGCUGAGCGAAGCAGAGAUCAUGGAGUUUGUGGCUGCGGCAAUGCAUCAAGCGCCCAAUCCAAGGUUGACUCCUCUGUCGGCCGUUGUUCAAGAGAAGAGCCAAGGAAACCCUUUCUACGUGAGAGUCAUGCUCGAGACGUGCUACAGGAAGAAUUGCGUUUGGUAUUCCUGGAAGGACUCUAAAUGGCUCUUUGACCUUGACCGUAUUUUCACAGAAUUCGUGGCUCCCGUGUAUGGCGAAGGCCUUGGACUUGGCUUCCUCAAGAAGCGACUCCAAGAGAUCCCAGCCGGUGCUCGGUCUAUCCUGGUAUGGGGCGCUCUUCUGGGUAGCCCGUUCUCUUUCUCGCUUGUUCAAAAGCUUCUUACCAGUGAAUUCUUAUUUUCCUGCGAAGACGAUAAACCUGGCGCUGAUGGAGACGAGGGAUUCGAUUGCACAUGUCCUCAGAAUGUUACCCUGCUCAGACAAUCGGAAGAUGACAUUGUCGUUGGGCUACAGUACUUGGUUCAGUCAAACCUUCUUAACCCAGGAAAAACCGAUGACGAGUUCAAAUUCGGAAAUGACCGGCUUGCGCAGGCAGCGCUUUCCUUGAGCGAGAGCCGUAAUGUGGAGAAAAUGCACUUCAUCGUUUCACAGGCUUUGAUGAAAUAUUAUCACGACCAUCGCAGUCGUUACUCGAUGGCUCAUCACGUGGCUCUCUCGUCACGUAUCCUCAAAUCUCGCGUCCCUCAGCGCAUUGAUUACCGCCGGAUUCUGUGGGAGGCUGGUCAAACUGCUGCCCAAUCGGGUGCUCGACCCAGUGCUCUUUGGUACUUCCGCCACUGCAUCGCGCUUCUUCAAGAUGAUCCUUGGGAUGACCGCCAAGUUGACGUCCACUAUGACGAGACUAUGCGCCUUUUCAUUGCAACCGCCGAAAUGUCCUGGUCCCAGGGUCAGAAUGAAGAAGCCCUCGAUCUGAUCGAAGCAGUGUUUGCUCAUGGCAAGGACGCCAUGAGCAAGUCGAGGGGUUGGAUCAUAAGAGCCAAGAUUUAUGCGCAAGUUGGUGACCACCAUCGGUCGAUGGAAUCACUACUCACCUGCCUUGAUGAACUUGGCGUUCAUCUCCGCACGCCCACAACUUAUGAAGAUUGCGAUACUGCCUACCUGAAACUCAAGGAGCAUCUUGAAUCUGCCGACUUGGAAGCUAUUGCCCAUAAACCCAUCAGCAAAGAUCCCAUUUUGGUGACCAUAGGUGCUGUCAUGGCCGAGGCGAUGGCCGUUACCUACUGGGAUGAUGCCUUGACAUUUUAUCGCAUGGCUAUUGAAAUGAUGAAUAUCCACAUCCUACGAGGUGGUUUCACUCAGAUAUCUAUUGGAUGUUCGCAUCUUGCGAUGAUUGCACUUAGUCGGUUCAAAGACGAUGUCUUUGGGUUCAGGCUCAGCGACUUGUCGCUCUCCCUCCUAGAGCGCUGCCCGGAACUGUGGACCCAAAACAGAGGGUCCAUAGUUCACAAUCUAUACGUCAGCCACCUACGCGUUCCUAUGGCAUCGGCACUGCCGGCACUGGAAGCAUCAUUGGAGGCCUCUUUCACAAUUGGCGAUCCGUACAUGACGCUGAUUAGUGUUUCCUCAAUGGCAAUGGCCAGGCUUCAUCUGGGCCAAGACAUGGCUCAACUCGAAACAUUCUGCCUAGACGCCCCUGAAGAAAUCCCGAACUGGGCCAAAGACACUCGCGGGGGUGCCAGUAUCCUCGCAGUCCGGCAAGUCGCUCGCGCCCUUCAAGGCAAGACCGAGUACCGGACCGCGGAUGAUGUUUUGUCAGAUGAUGAACACAGGACGAGCGAAUACAUGUCCUACCUAGAGGCCAACGCUAGCAACGUUGAUAGACCCCGUGACAUCUACUUUGGUCUCGCCAUGAUGCCUUUGUUCUUGUUUGGCCACCACACCAAAGCGAUCCAGGUGGGCACCCAGUUACUUGAGACAACAAACCGACUCUGGUCCGCACGCGUCUCGUACGUAGUGUACUUCUAUCUGUCUCUUUCACUCCUGACUCUGCACAAUGACUACCCUGCACAGGGCUACCUUGACGGCAAAAUGGACACCGUUCUCCGGUACAAGGCCGAGAUCGAUUUUGCCCGAAGCUGCUCUGAUGCUAAUUAUGGCAUGUGGGCGUUGCUGUUGGAAGCCCUCAUUUCCGAAGUACGGAAUGACUAUAGCAUUGCCAUCCAGUCUUAUGAAGCUGCGAUCGACCACUGUCAGGUUCAUGGAUGGCCUUUGGAGGAGGCGCUUGCUCUCGAACUGCAAGGAGAAUUCCUUGUCCGACGUGGAGCUAAGAGAGCUGCACGCGCCGUGAUGCAAGAGGCUAUUUCCGCAUGGAGCGCCAUAAGUGCCAGUGGAAAAGCUGCUAUGGUCGCAGAGAAACAUGAGUGGUUGCUCAAGACGGCAACUUCCGCCAGAACCAUAGACAUUGGAUGCCAGACCGUUGACUCGCUCCUCGAGAUUACCCGAGAUGCUGUUCAAGAAGAAAUUGUCAUCCCUUCACAGAUCGAAGAAGAGGAUAGGCGGCAUCGCUGGAUUGAACAAAAUGGUGUCACCACCGGCGAGAGAUCCCUGGACAUUUCGAGUGUUGGUCUCGACAUCAUUGAUCUUUCCAGUAUACUCGAGUCUAGCCAGGUCAUGUCAUCCGAGCUCCAGAUUGAGAAGCUGUUUACCAAAAUGCUGGAGAUCAUCUUGGACUCAUGCAACGGCUCUGAUUUCGCUGUCAUUGCUACCGACUUUGAUGAGCAGGGAUUUGCGAUUGCUGCGGCAGCGGAUGCUGAUAGAGGCCAGAAGUCUUUCCCAGAGGGUCUUCCACUCUCAGAGCUGGAGGGACGAAUGGCUCAAGAGAUCACAUAUUAUGUCAUGCGCACGAAGGAAGAGGUUCUCGUUCACAAUGUUCUGGAAGACGAGCGCUUUUCCAACGUUAGCGAGAGCUAUCAAGCCAAUUUCCCGCUGGGUCGAUCCGUCAUCGCCUUGCCCAUCGUUCAGGCGGAUCAACUUCUUGGAGUUAUUCACCUUGAAGGAAAGCCCAAUUGGUUCACUCAGCGGAAUGUUGUGGUGCUGCAUCUUCUCUGCAAUCAGAUCGGAAUUUCCUUGUCAAACGCGUUGCUCUUCCGCGAAAUCCGCAAGGUCAGUGCCAAGAAUGCUUCAAUGAUCGAAUCUCAGAAGCGGGCCCUCGCACAAGCACGCGAUGCGGAGCAGAAAGCAAAGGUGGCAGAGGCCGAAGCCAAACACAACGUCAAGCUGAAGGAUGAUGCUGCUCGAGCCAAGUCCAUUUUCUUGGCGAAUAUCUCCCACGACUUGCGUACUCCAAUGAAUGGCGUGAUUGGUCUCUCGGAGUUGCUCAAGGGUACUACUCUCGACAAAGAGCAGGACGAAUAUGUUGAAUCCAUUCGUGUCUGCGCUGACACACUACUUACGCUGAUUAACGACAUACUUGAUUUCUCCAAGUUGGAAGCCGGCAAGAUGAAGAUAUCGACGGUCCCGCUCAACCUGAAGGAGACCAUUUCAGAGGUGAUUCGCGCUCUACGUUACACUCAUCGUGAGCGAGGCCUACAAACAAUUGAAGAUCUGGAGCGUGUGCCCCCGGAAUUAGUCGUUCUUGGCGAUCCAGUCCGUCUCCACCAGAUUUUCAUGAAUUUGUUAAGCAACAGCUACAAGUUCACUCCCAAAGGUUCUAUUACGGUCAAAGCCAAGGUUGCCAGAGAAGGUAAAGGCCGUGUACGCUUGGAAUGCUCCGUGUCCGAUACUGGAAUUGGUAUUCCAGAUGAGCAAAAGGCGCGACUUUUCCGGCCUUUCUCCCAAGCCGAUCCAUCCACCGAACGAUCAUACGGCGGCAGUGGACUUGGUCUGAGCAUUUGCAAGGCUAUUAUCGAGGAUGUUCUUGGCGGCGCCAUCUGGUUAGAUUCAACGUUGGGAGUUGGAACGACCGUGACAUUCCACCUGGUCUUCAACAAGGCACCAAAGAAGACGGCUGUGAAGGCACCGUGGUCUCAGGACCUCAGCAAUGCAGCUACCAAGGAACCUCCCCGAGCCAAAGCACGCGAUCUUUCUCACAUUCCACGCGACCAGAUCCGAGUGUGUAUUGCUGAAGACAAUCCUAUCAAUCAGAAGAUCGCAGUCAAGUUUGUCACUAGCCUUGGUCUUCAAUGUGAGGCAUAUAGUGACGGAAAGCAAGCCGUGGAUGCUUUGCGUGCAAAAUCCAAAGAAGGCAACCCGUUCCACGUGGUCCUAAUGGAUGUAAUGAUGCCCACUCUCGAUGGUUACAACGCCACGCGCGAACUGCGGCGAGAUCCAGAUCCUAACGUCAACGAAGUGCUCGUCAUCGCCAUGACUGCCAGCGCCAUUGAGGGCGAUCGAGAAAAGUGCCUCGAAGCUGGCAUGAACAACUACCUUCCCAAACCCGUGCGAUCCCCAAUCCUGAGCGAAUUGCUCGACAACUACCUCGCACCGGUCCCAUCACACCCGCGCACUCGCUUGGCGAUCCGCGAAAAGAGCUCCAGAGGCAGCAUUACCUUUGAUGCGGGCACACCUACCAGUUUCUCCUCGUCGGGAUCGGAUGAAGCUCAGAAGCAUUCGCUACCCCCCACGCUGGAGCAAAAAUGA